UUUUCCUUCCCCCUUCCUUCCCUUCCAUCCCCCUCCCUCCCUCUCACGAAUUCUUCAAGCGAGUCCUCAUCCCUCGAACUUCACCGAUUGCAGCGUCUUUUCCCUUCCCCACCCCCUCCCUCGCACGCAGCACUGAUUGCAGCGAACAUCUUCUCACUGUCGUUGAAGAGAAAUGGCAGAGGCUAUCGUCUCUAUUGCUAUUGUGGUGGAAAGGCUUGAUGAUUUGCUCGUACUAAAAACAAUAUCCUUGCACGGGGUGAGUGACCGAGUUAAACUGCUACAGGAUGAGCUCAAACUGAUCCAAAGUCUCCUAAAAGUUGCAGAUGCGAGGCAAAAUGAAAGAAAUAAUAGUGUACGCCAGUGGGUUGCAGAUAUCAGAGAUGUUGCUUAUGACGCCGAAGAUAUUAUUGAGAGGCAUGCCCUCGAAGUUGGCUCCAGAAAGGGAGGAGGCAAACAAAACCUCCUCAAGAGGUUUGCUUGCAUCUUGGGAGAAGCAAAAGCUAUUUUCCAAACUAACUCAGAGAUUGGUAAAAUAACAAAGAGAAUUUCUACAUUGAACUCACGUUUACAAAAUUAUGGCAUAAAAUUUGAUUCGAUGGAAGGUGGAGGCCCGAGUUCUUUGAGCGAGAAGAUAAGAGAGCAAAGGCAAACUUAUGCGCAUGUUGAACAUGAUCAUGUUGUUGUUGGAUUGGAGGAUAACCUGAAGGAAGUGGUGGCAUGUUUGACAGAAGAGGUCAAAUACAAGUACAGAGUCGUUUCUAUAUGUGGUAUGGGUGGUCUUGGAAAGACUACUCUUGCUAGGAAGGCUUAUCAUCAUCCACAAGUCAAGAGUCACUUCGAAUGCCGAGCUUGGGCAUGUAUCUCUCAACGAUGUCAAAGAAGAGAUGUUUGGGAAGAAGUUAUGACCGGUCUUAUGAUCUCUCCAUCUAAAGAGCAGAUAGAUGAAAUUCGAAGCAUGACAGAUGCAGAGCUUGCUCAGAAACUUUGUGAAACUCAGCAGCAAAAGAAAUGUUUGGUGGUUCUAGAUGAUAUCUGGAAAGUUGGGGAUUGGAACAGUUUACGUGCUGCCUUCCCAAUGAAUAAUACGGACAGCAGAAUAUUACUUACCUCUCGUAAUGAAGACUUGGCUUUGCAAGCAGAUCCAAGGGGCCGCCUUCACAGAUUAAAGUUUCUAAACGAUGACAACAGCCGGGAAUUGCUUCAAAAUUUAGCAAUAUCAUGGAGAGAAGAUUCUGAAAUCAAGGAAGAAAUGAGAUUUUUAGGAAACGAGAUGGUUAUCUAUUGUAAGGGUUUACCAUUGGCGGUCAUUGUAUUAGGAGGACUUUUGGCAACAAAACAGACAUUAGAAGAGUGGGAACAAGUGCAGAGAAAUUUUAAAUCAUACCUUCAUCAACAGAAAGAUCUUGGAAUAAGCAUGAUUUUAGAUCUAAGUUAUGAUGAUUUGCCUUCACACUUAAAAUUAUGCUUCCUAUAUUUAGCCCAUUUCCCAGAGGAUUUUGAGAUACGGACUAAGGAGUUAAUUCAUAUGUGGAUGGCCGAAGGUCUUAUACCUCAAAUGCAACACACUGGAAAGGAAACACUGGAGGAUGUUGGAGAACGAUAUUUACAGGAGCUAGUUCAAAGGUGUAUGGUACAAGUAGGAAAAAAGAGUUCAGUUGCAAGGAUCAAAACUUGUUGUCUCCAUGAUCUUAUGCGAGGCUUUUGUGUGGAAAAAGCUAAAUUGGAAAACUUUCUCAACGCCAUCAAUAUUAAUCACGAGUCCAAUGAAGAAAUAGAAGCUCCCAUUGGUGUAGUUCGAAGAGUUGCUAUCACUGGUGGAUCAAGUGAUCCCGUGAGACUUGGAUUUAUACUUCAAUCGACAUCCCAAAAAUAUUUUCAACUAAGGUCUCUUCUAACAUUCUCUGUGCCUUUGAAAGAUCAGAAGUCUAUGCUAAGGAACUUCAAAUAUCUUAGAGUCUUUAAUUUAUUAAUGAAUCGCGAAGGCUCUGCGGUGAUGGAUUUCCCCCCUGAGAUCAAUAGUCUCAUACACUUGAGAUUCUUAUCUAUGAGGAAUACUGGUGUAAGAAGUAUCCCAUCUCUAAGAAAUUUGAAGUGCUUGCAAACACUAGAUUUGCGAUCGACACAUGAGGAAGUUAAUGUGCCAAAUGAUGUAUUCAGAAAUAUGGAGCACUUGCGGCAUCUGUAUCUACCUCGGUUAUCCAAAGUCAGUGGGAAGUUGCAACUACCUAAUACUAGUAAGCUGCAAACACUUGUGAAUACUCCUGUUUUCAUAUGUGAUGUUAAAGAUCCGACGGCUGGAUUUGACGAGUUUGGAAAGAACAUAAUGCCUUCAAAUCUCACAUUCAACUCUCUUCGUGUUCUUAAGAUCGUUCAUCAUAGAACUCUCAUUCAAUCUUCAUAUGACAGGAGAGUGGAUAUUAUACCAAUAGUAACAAGUUGUCCUAACUUAUAUAAGUUACUCUUUGGGUAAAUAGAGAAAUUGCCAGAACAUGACAAAAUCUCUCCAUAUCUUGUCCAGUUAAAGUUAAUUGAGACUCGUCUUGAAGAAGACCCAAUGCUGACUUUGGAGAAGUUAAAUUAGGAUUGUCCACCUUGGGUCUCUUGCCUGCACAGGGAAGAAGAUGAUCUGUUCUGUAAGAGGAUUUCCUAAACUUCAAUCUCUCAUUCUUUCUCAUUUAGAUAACUUGGAGGAGUGGUUGGUGGAGGAAGGAUCCUUGCCCAGCCUCUGCCAUUUGAAGAUUGAAAGUAGCGACAAUCUCAGGAUGGUUCCAGAAGGACUUCAGUUCGUCACUACUCUGCAAAAAUUAGAAAUCAUAGGCAUGCCCGUGUCAUUCAGAGAUAGACUUGGCGAAAGUGGACAGGAUUUCUACAAAAUCCGACACGUGUCUUCCCUUCAAAUUCAAGAUUAAAGAUUUUACUCAAAAGGAAAUAUUAAUGCUAAAUAUAUAUUACAUAGCGGAGACUUCAUGUACUUAAAAUUUUUCAAAAACUUGAACGGAAUGCGCAACUGCACGCAUGCUAUAUUCUAAUUUCAAUGUCUUUCGUACAUUUAAUUAAUUACUUAUU